UCUAUCUCCCCAGCCAGGGUGGAGUUUAGUAUAAAAGAACCCGGGUGCAAUUGGACCGAUAUCAUUCACAGUUCAGAACUCGUCGUUGAGCGUUAGAAGAAAUCGCAAAACUAGCAAACCAAACUCUUAAAAAUGGCUUUCUUCAAAACCGUUGUCUGCUUGGCUUUCCUCGGAGUUGCCGCCGCUGGUGUCGUCCCACUGGCCACUGAAUACAAGGGAGAUUACUACUCUCACCCUCAGUACUCCUUCAACUAUGGAGUCCAUGAUGGUCUCACCGGAGAUGUGAAAUCCCAGGUUGAGAGCCGUGAUGGAGAUGUUGUGAAGGGACAGUACUCCCUGGUCGAACCCGAUGGUUCCGUCCGCACCGUCGACUACACCGCCGAUGAUGUUAACGGAUUCAACGCUGUCGUCACCAAAUCUGGCCCAUCGGUCCAUGCUGCUCCAGCCGUCGUUGCCCACGCUGCCCCAGCCGUCGUCAAGACUGUUGCCGCUCCAGUUGCCUACAGCGCCCCAGCCGUCGUUAAGACCGUUGCCGCUGCCCCAGCUGUCUACUCCCAUGCCGCCCCUGCCGUGUACUCCCAUGCUGCCCCAGCUGUCUAUGCCCAUUCUGCCCCAGUUGCCUACAGCGCCCCAGCCGUCGUUAAGACUGUUGCCACUGCUCCAGCUGUCUACUCGCAUGCCGCCCCAGCCGUCUACUCGCACGCUGCCCCAGUUGCCUACGCUCACGCCCCAGCUGUGUACGCUGCUCAUGCCCCAGCUGUCUACGGACAUGCUUACGGACACGCAUACGCCCCAGCUCACGCCGCCGUCCACUACUAAAUCUCUCGCCAUAUAGACAAACCUCCACAAACCUCACCUCCCCUAGCGCAAGUCGCCCCUAGAGCUGCUAUCCCCCAUCGGACGAACUGCCAAAUAUUAUUUAUUUCCUUCGAUCCUUGAGUCUAUCGUCCCGCCCUUGAACUUCAACACCCCCCCAUCUAGCCGGCCGGAAUAGCAACUUUACGAGUGGCUGCAGCUUUCGCAACAAUGGACAACGACACAAAACUCUAUCUUGAAUUGUAUGUAUAUAGUGCGCACCAACAACAACGGAGGGAAGACGAGCGAUCGAACGGAAAGAUCUAACGCUGCCACCGGUUCUGAAACGUGACUGUAGUUUUCUCUGGUAUCGCUUAUCUGAACUCCCGCAUCCUACACUCCGGUCGUCGGUGGGUGCACACCCGCGUCCACCGACACUGGGGAGGUCGGAAUUCGGUGCGACGCGCAACUUUGUUUUAAAGAAUAGAUUUCCCCGAGCGGGCUAAGGCCCUCUUCGGAAUAAAGAAGCAAACGUACGCAAAUGGCAAUACAAACUCGAACAAUACUCAUAUGUACACACAUUCAAUUGGGAUGUUUUAAUGCUCCUUUUGUUACGACGAUAAACGACUAAGCCUGAACGUGAUGGAACGAAUUUGUACAGAGAUGAUACGCUGAUGAUGAUAUUAAUUAGGUUAAUAAAGACAAACUUUAAAAUCAAUGAAAUCAAA